AUGAAGCUUCUAGUAGCUCUUGCUUUGUUCUUCUUAUCAGUUUUUGUGUUAUCGAGCCCAGUACCUAGGCCAGAUGAGGCUGAAAUAACACAAUCAGCAACCGAGAAGGAGGAAGUCCCGAUUGCCAAGACAGAACACAAAGAUUCAAAAAAAGUUGGCAAAGAAGAAGUGAAAGAAGAAAAGAAACACUUAAAAUCAGAAGAAGCGUCAAAGGACACAUCCAAAGAAGCAAAGGGAACUGAAGAAUCAAAAUCAGAACAUUCAAAAAAGGAAUCGGAAGGCGAAAAGUCGGACUCAGCAUCAAUGGAAACAUCCAAACAGGGUGAGAAAGAAUCGAAAACAAAAGAAGAUGAAGUAAAGGAGGACAAGAAAAGUGAGAUAGAAAAAACUUCAGAGCCGAAAAAAGAAGAAGCAAAAGAAACUACCGCGGUACCAACAAAUGAUGAAGGAGUUGCUAAUGCAGCAAAAGAAAGUGAGAAGUCCACGGAAACAUUAAAGGAAAGUAAAAAGUUUGCUGAGGCACCAAAAGAAAGUGAAAAGUCUACUGAAGCACCAAAGGAAGUUGAAAAGCUAACAGAAGCAACAAAAGAAAGCGAAAAGCUUUCAGAAGCGCCGACAGAAGACGAAAAGAAUACUGAAUCAUUAAAGAAAGAAGGUGAAUCUGAUGAGCCAGUUAAAGAAGAAAAAAAAGAUGAUGAAAAGGAGGAAAAACCAACCGAAGCAGCUAAAGGAGAUGGGCAAACGGCGGUGACAUCGAAAGGAAGCGAUUCAAUAGAAGCAACGAAGGAAGCGGAAAAAAUGAAAGAGGCAAAAGUAUCGGAGGAAGCAAAAGAGGAAGUGAAGGAUGGUGAAGGUUCGGAAAAGUCAGGGAAAACGGAAACACCAGUGGUAAAAUCAAGGUAA